AUGGCGUACAACGCUGUUUCUCAAACCGACCACGAGGUGGCUUCCAACGCGACCGAUUCUGAUGUCUCCCGAAGCUCGUCGCCGCACAAAUCGACCUUCCAACAACUUCCUUUAGAUGCCGAUCAUAUUGGCGGAGGAACUUAUCUGCAGCCAGCCAAAACCGCCGAGGAUUCUAGCAUGGGCCGGUUAGGUUCGUUGAUCCGGUCCAUGACCUCCACAAGCUAUGACAUGGUUGAGGAAGAUGACUACGACGUCGCCGAUCCUCCGACAAACCGGAGGUCUAAUAGUCUCCGUCGCGUUGCGCCGCUAGACACUAGAGCUGCCCACGCCGGCUCCCCUGAACCUCCCCUGCGAUCUCCGAUCACCGAUACCCCUGUUCCUCUCAGCCAUCCCACCCCAGAUCUUCAAUCGCUACAAGGUGCCUAUUUGAAUAAUGUAGAGAGGCUGGAAAGGAGUGCCGAACAACUUAGCUCCAGCUCGGCGGAUAUUGGCAGCGAAAUCCGCAAGAUGGAUCGUGAACAGAAGAGGCGCUCGGUCAGCUCAGUCUCCAAUUCCGUCCGUGAAAGCAACCCCAUGAAGGGAACAGUACCAUCCAGCCAAGGGUCGAUUAUGUCUGCCUCUCGAUUAGCCCAAGUUUCCGAACAUAUGCCCGAGGAAAGAUUCUCCCAGUCGAUGAUGCACGUUUCUACCGAUUCUAACCCCCCUCCACAACCACCUGCUCCCGCAGAGCCCGACUUUGCCUACCAUGGCCAGUAUAGCCACAUCCCGGAUGAAAUUCAACGACCAUCCUCGGCUGCGUCAGGGGACACCUUUCAACAGGCCAGGGUUCUAUUCACCGACUUUGAUGGUGUGCAUUAUGUUCCCCACGAUAAAAGCCUAGAGCUUGGGCGACAAGUAUCUUUGACAAGGCCGCCUCUGGCGAGCGGACCGGAGUCGUACAAGGAGCCGCAGACCGGCGAGAAUAUGGUAUAUUAUCCUGCUCCGGUGCCGAUGAUGCUUAAUUUGCCACCGCGGCUGUCACAGAAGCCUACCGUUGAACAAGAAAAGCGUCGGACGCAGUUGCUUGGAUCAGUCACUGCUGAAAACCGAAAAUCGGCUCCUUGGCUGUCUGAUCAGGCUCUAGGCGAUACAAAAGAUUCCAAGCGUGAGAAGCAGCCAGCGGAUCUGCCUCCGCAGCUUCGUGCUAGUGUUUUCUUUGAACAACCCCCCACACCACUUGACGUAGAAGUCAAACAGUCUUCCGCGGUUGCGACGCUUGACAGCAUUCUCGAUGCCUCGACAAAUGCGCCGGUUACUGCCUUCACAGACCAUCCGUACGCUGGCGCUGUCGGUUCAGAAGUGUACGCCAACAAGGCAUCAUCUAAAGACUUGGCGGCGCAGAAGAAGAAACACAUGUCAAGGAGUACCCUCAGAGUCGACAAUCCCUCCUCUGACUCGGAUGCCAGGGCAAGUUCAUUCGCCUCACAUCACUUGUACCACCAAACAGAAGCCGAUGCAGCAGACAUGCAUGAGGGUACUUCAUUACGUGAAGGCGCUCGUGAUGGAGAUGAUGCUGAGCAUGAUCCCCACGAGGACGAGGAAGACGAAAGCAACGAACAAGAGGUUCCAUUUACAGGACCUCCUUCUACCUUGUUAGCGGAACUCGAAAUGAGAAAACACGAGCUGCGGCAACGACAGCGGACUGCUGUCAAUUCUGUAGGACUGCAUUCAACGCUUCUCCAGCUUGAUGCUGUUGCCCAGAAGCAGAGUGAACAUAGAAGACAUCGGCCUGUUACCCUUGCUUGGGAAGGUCCCGAUGUUAACAAGCCAGACGAUGAUGGCGAUGACGAUGUGCCCCUCGGAAUGCUUUUUCCCGAGAAGGCUACUGCUACUGAUGAUAACAGGCCCUUGGGUCUCAUGGAGAGGCGCGAAUUAGAAGAAAGCGAGCCCUUGAGCAGGCGCCGCGCGAGAUUGCGGGGUGAACCACCACCUCCUCCACCACGCAGCCCAGACAACCGUCCGACUACCAUGUACACGCAGAAUGUACAGGAGCCCGCUGAGGGUGAUAGUGGCGACGAAGGGGAGACCCUGGCCGAUCGUUUGAAGCGCUUGAAGGGUAACGACCGCCGUAAAUCUGCAACAGGAAGUGAAUUUGCCGACGAGAUACUAGCGGAGGUUGACCACAUGAAUGGUAACGACAAGGAGAAAGAAGACGAGGGAGCGCCAGAAGAGGAAACCUUGGCUCAACGCCGAGCACGUCUUCAGAAGGAAGCGGAGUCACGAAAUUCGACUCUGAAGGUGCCCAGGUACCGAAGAAGUAUGGCGGACCUACUUCAUGCCCGACGGCCGGCCCCUGGAGGACGACCAAUUUCCAGGGAGGCCCCAUUGCAUCGUACUUCGACCUACCAAACUCCUUACGAUAGUCGCAUGUCUCUCCAAUUCUCGGCGCACCCCGGACAGCCGGUGCCAUCGAGAUUUGCCCAAUACCAAGGACCUGCAAGGACCGAUUCCUUUGGAUAUGGACCAGCCCACCCGAAUACAUUUUACAGCGAUGCUAUACUGGGGAUGAAUCAUCUGAGCUAUGUUGCGCCGCAUAAGCCCGUACGACCAGGCGUCGAGACGGGCCAGCGUGAGAUGAUUGACCGAUGGAGACAGAGUAUAGUAUAA